CGUGAUGUUCUCGUUUGUGCUGGUGGCAGAAUGCUAAUAGUCUCUAGUAGCUACUGGUGCAAUCUGAUUCCAAGGCCAUCUCGCAUCUUCGAUCUCAAAGUAAAAUAUCAUCAUCAUCAUGUCGGGAGCUCUGUUUCCCAGUCUGGUGUCGGGGUCCCGCGGCUCCUCUAGCAAAUUCCUGGUUGAGUUUCGGGCCGGGAAGAUGACCAUGAAGGGUAGCACGGUGACUCCAGACAAGCGCAAGGGACAAGUCUAUGUUCAGCAAACCGACGACUCCCUCAUUCAUUUCUGUUGGAAGGAUCGGACCUCUGGAAACGUGGACGAUGACCUGAUCAUCUUCCCAGAUGAUUGUGAGUUCAAGAGAGUGAACCAGUGCACAACUGGUCGGGUGUUUGUGCUGAAGUUCAAGGCUGGCUCCAAGAGGCUGUUCUUCUGGAUGCAGGAGCCCAAAACUGAAAAGGAUGAGGAGUACUGUCGUAAAGUGAAUGAGUAUCUGAACAACCCUCCCAUGCCUGGGGCCCUUGGCAGUGGAGGCAACAGCGGGCAUGAACUGUCUGCUCUGGGGGGUGAGGGUGGACUGCAGAGUCUGCUCGGUAACAUGAGUCACAACCAGCUCAUGCAGCUCAUUGGACCAACUGGACUAGGUGGUCUUGGAGGUCUUGGGGCCCUGGCUGGACCAGGCCUGGCCAGCCUGCUCAGUAGUGGAGGUCCUGCAGCCGGCAACUCCUCUUCAAGUCCAUCUCAAUCUCCUGCUGUCACCCCCACCUCUACCUCUGCUGCCACCCGGCUGGGCUCCUCCCAGGUGCCAACCACACCCAUCACCCCGUCUGCCACCAGUGCAGCGUCACCCAUGGCCUCACCCACCAUCCCGGUUGCCCCCUCCAUCGCAGCCGGGGCAGCAAGCCCCACCCAGCCCAUCCAGCUGAGUGACCUGCAGAGUAUCCUAGCAACCAUGAACGUACCUGCGGCUGGGCAGGGAGUGGACCUGGCCAGUGUUGUGACCCCUGAGAUCAUGGCUCCUAUUCUGGCCAAUGCUGAGGUCCAGGAGAGGCUGCUGCCCUUUCUGCCGACAGGAGAGUCCCUGCCUCAGAGCACCGACGAGCUCCACAACACACUCACCUCUCCACAGUUUCAGCAGGCCAUGAGUCUGUUCAGCAGCGCCCUGGCGUCGGGGCAGUUGGGGCCUUUAAUGAACCAGUUUGGUCUGCCAACAGAAGCUGUGGACGCAGCUAACAAAGGAGACGUUGAGGCUUUUGCUAAAGCCAUGGAGACAGACAGCAAGUCUGACCAUGAGGAUGACGCCAAAGACAAAAAGGAUGAAGAUAUGAGUUUGGAUUAGGACCCUCUGUUAGUUCUGUUUAACUGAAUGUAUUUUAUUUAAAUUAUUUACUGGUUGUGAUGUUGUUCAGAGCACUGAAGCUGUGGACCAUUUACCUCUGUACAUGUACUCAGAAUAGAGAUAUUUAAAAAAAGAAAAAGGGCAUGUAAGACAUGAAACGUUUUCCCUGAUAUGUUGCGAACCAGAUUACUGCGGCUGGUUAGGACUGGUAGACCAGUGACAGCUGCAUGUGCCAAUCUGUAACCUGUAGCUUCCUGACAAAUAAAAUAAAAACUCCAGUCACAUGGUCAGAAAAAAAA